UUGUUGCCACUCGCCGUCACACACCGGACACGGGCCUUAACAUCGUCUGUGCUCGCUCCACGCGCCACCACCUCCACCUCCACCACUCUUAACCACCACUUUAGUUUCUCUUACGUCGUCCUAUAGACUCUGAUAGCACUCACCCUUCGUAGAAGUAGUAUUCAUUUCCUUACAGUACAAAUUGCAGUAUGUGGUAUCUCUGCGUAUUCUACCAUAGAUUACUGGAAUAUAGAAAACCCGAAUUUGAAUCUCUUGCAGGACUCUUCGGUGCAUUCGAUGGAACCACCACAGGAUUGUUGGAAUGGAAGCUUCCGGAGGACCACCAUCCCGAUUCACCUUUCCAUUUCGUCAAUAUUCCUUCUGAAGAAAUUGCUCGAAACAUCGCCAGUCGAAGUAUUCUCGUGAAGGGAAUAUAUGAACUGUGGGGGGAUGGACAAAGUUUUGAGGAAUUGGAAGAGGCUGUCAAAAGUUAUCCAGAUGAACGGAAGUUGCCAUACUUGUCACGUGACAGUACUUUUAAGAUUAAUGUUGAGAGCUUUGGGAAGGUUAUCAGCUUUGAGGAGCAAAAUAACCGCCUUCAAAAGCUAGCAUUUGUUCCUUUUAAGGGGCGGGUGAAUUUGAAAAAACCUGAUCACAAUUUCUUUCUUAUGGAUAAUGACGAUUAUGGAUCUGAGAACGGGCUUCCACCUAUUGUGCAUAGGAGGAUCUUUUUUGGUCGGGAAAUUGGCACUGCUGAUAGGAAGAUCUUGCAAACCUAUCAAUUAAAAAGCCGCAAAUAUCUUGGCCCAACAGCAAUGGAUGCAGAAAUGGCUUUCUUGAUGGCAAAUCAAGCACAAGUCAGAACUGGGAAAUUGGUCUAUGACCCUUUUGUUGGCACUGGAAGCAUUCUGAUCGCAGCAGCUCAUUUUGGAGCGAUGACAAUGGGUGCAGAUAUUGACAUUCGGGUAGUGCGUGAUGGCCGCGGUCCUGAUUGUAAUGUCUGGAGCAAUUUCAAGCAGUAUGGAUUGCCAAUGCCAUUAUCAUUGUUAAGGGCUGAUAAUAACCUUCCACCUUGGCGUUCUGGAUUAAAAGAGAUGUUUGAUGCCAUAAUAUGUGACCCUCCUUACGGUGUUCGUGCUGGAGGACGUAAAUCUGGUGGCCGUAAGCUUUUGAAAGGCGUUGUUGCUCCCUAUACUGUUCCCGAUGACAAGAGGACUGGCCACAUACCGUCUACUGCCCCUUACAGCUUAGUGGAGUGUGUGCAUGAUUUGCUUGACCUUGCUGCUAGGAUGCUUGUAACAGGGGGUCGACUUGUCUACUUCUACCCUGUUCUUAGAGACAAUGAAUCCGUAGAUCCCAAUUUCCCAGAGCACCCAUGUUUCAAAUUGGUUGCUUCCUGCGAACAGAUCCUUAGCUACAGGUACAGCCGGGUUUUGCUAACCAUGAUCAAGAUUGCACCAUACACUGAAGAUAUUGCAGAGGCAGCUAGGAUUAAGCAUUUGGAGUUCAAGGAAAACCAUCUCAAGUGGUUAGAAGAUGGUAACUUACGUUCAGCUGUUUUCGAGCCUGCUGAUAUUCAUAUUAAUGGUUCAAGUGAUGCAAAAUUUGGUACAAAGCCUAAAUACAGGGGAAAAUAUGUGUAAGUUUUACAUUAAACAGCCAAUUUUUGGCGGGAUCUUUAGAUUUUCGGCCUAGAAUAGAAGGUGGUGUUAUCUUUUAAUACUGUAAAAUUUAUGCUGUUAAACACGCCAUCAAAAUAUAUUUAGUGAAAAGCUCUGCGUCGAACUUCAA